AUGGCUACCCCUAGUGUCCUCGCUUUUGACGCCGAGGGUCGAGCCAUUGACUUUGACGUCUGGGUAGAUGACCUGCAGCUGUUCUUACAGUGCGAUAGGGCAGACGGUCUCUCCCUCUUUGACCUCACCUCUGGUGCCUCUCCUGCUCCUGCUGCUGAUGCUGACGCCACUGUUCGCUCACACUGGGCCACGCGCGAUGCUGCUGCACGUCUUGUUGUGCGUCGCCACCUCCCUACCUCUGAGCUCGCUGACCUCAUUACGCACCUCCGCACUAGUGACACUCGCUACCACGCUGCGCUUCCUGCUGACUUCUGCGCCAAGAACCCCCCCCCCCCCAUGUACAUCACUCUCUACUACAUAGUCACUCGCCUCCCUGACUCCCUUCGCGUAGUCAGGGACGACUUCCUCUCAGUCUGUCCCACCACUCUCACUGUUGACCUCCUCAAAAAGUCCCUCCUUGCGGCCGAGAAGAGCAUAGUCGCUGUAGGGGCCUCUAGUGGAGACCCGCGCACCCCCAUCUUUGAGGGGUGUUCCCCCUCCCCCCUUCUGCCCUCUGUUGCCUCUACCGCUGCGGCCGACCUCCUUGGUCUUGAGUCAGUCGAUGCGGCGUCUGCCCCUAGCGGGAGACGCCGCUCUGGCAGGGGCAAGGGGGGCAGGGGCACUGGAGGAGCGAGCGGGGGCGGUGGAGGUGGAGGUGGAGGCGGCGGGGGGAGUGGGGGUGGCGGUGGGAGUGGAGGUGGGGGUGGAGGUGUCGGUGGCGGCAGUGGAGGCGGAGGCGGCGGCGGCGGUGGCGGUGGGAGCGGAGGUGGCGGAGGUGGUGGCGGUGGAGGAGGCGGCGGAGGCGGCGGUAGUAGCGGAGGCGGCGGAGGCGGCGGAGGCGGUGGGGGUGGCGGUGGAGCUGGUCGCGGGUCUACGCAGAGGAGUGGCUCCGGUGGUGGUCCGCGCCAGCAGCAGCAGCGCGGUCGAAAGACCUUGUCCCCUCAGCAGCUCCGUGAGUGGUACAUUGCACGCCAGCUGGAAGGGGGCUUUGGUCCGUGCACCUACGUCCUGCGCACCGGCGACCAUGCGGGUACUGGUGAGGCUGCUGCUCUAGGUGCCAUUGAGGCUGCUGCUCUAGGUGCCAGUGCGUCUGCGUCCUCAGGUGCUGCUGAGUCUGCGCUCGCAGGUACCGCGUCGGCUUCGGCCUCCCUCACCUUCACACUUGACUCAGGGGCUUCUCGCUCCUUCUUUCGAGACCGCACCACACUCACGCCGCUUGGUCGGCCGGUUGCAGUCUCCCUGGCAGACCCCUCUGGGGGUCCUAUCCUUUCUCACUUCUCCACUGUCCUCCCGUGUCCGGCGGCCCCCUCUGGCACCUUGUCUGGUCUUUACCUCCCCUCGUUCUCUACGAACUUGGUGAGUGGUGCUGACCUACAGGAUGCGGGGGUUCACCAGUUUACUCCUGCGAGUCAGCGGGUGACUCACUGCUCGGACGCUCGCACAGGCCAGCACCUAGCCACGUUUACGCGUCGGCCGGGGUCGAGCCUGUACACCCUGACCACUGAGUCUCCUCCUGUCCCUGCGUCUGGCCAGGUAGCUGCGUCGGGUCAGGUGUUUGCUGCAGCGUCCAGGUCUGGUCCUGAGUCUGCCCCCUGCUCGUGUCGCCUCCUGUCUCACGAAACUCUCCUCUGGCACCACCACCUUGGUCACCCCUCCCUGCCUUGUCUCCGAGGCAUGGCCUCCCGUGUCCUUGUCUCUGGUCUUCCCCGGUCCCUCCCUCCCCUUCCUCCGGGGCCUGGCCCCACCUGCGUCCCCUGUGUCGAGGGGCAGCUGCGGGCUGCCCCUCAUUCCUCUCAGUUUCCCCCGAUAGAGGCCCCGCUGCAGACGCUUCACAUGGACGUGUGGGGCCCGGCCCGCGUCCGUGGACAGGGUCACGAGCGCUACUUCCUGCUGGUGGUUGACGACUACUCGCGUUACACCACAGUCGUCUCCUUGCGCAGCAAGGGUGAUGUCACUGAGGUGUUGAUCGACUGGAUCCGCGCAGCUCAUCUCCAGCUCAGGAGGAGCUUCGGCUCGGACUUUCCUGUUCUACGUCUGCACUCUGACCGAGGCGGAGAGUUCUCCUCUGGCCUUCUGCGAGCCUACUGUCGUGCGCGAGGCAUCCGCCAGACCUUUACGCUUCCGGACUCUCCACAACAAAAUGGGAUUGCUAAGCGCCGCAUUGGCAUGGUCAUGGACGUCGCCCGUACGUCCAUGAUGCAUGCGGCUGCCCCCCAUUUUAUGUGGCCGUUUGCGGUUUGGUACGCGGCGCAUCAGAUCAACCUUCACCCCAGGGUCUCCAUGCCGGAGACCUCCCCAGCUUUGCUGUGGACGGGGAAGGUAGGCGAUGCGUCUGCGUUACGUGUCUGGGGAUCUCGGGCGUUUGUCCGCCACUUGUCUGCGGACAAGCUGUCCCCUCGUGCUGCUCCUUGCGUCUUCCUUGGCUUCCCCCCUGACGCGCAAGGGUGGCACUUCUACCACCCCACCUCUCGUCGUGUUCUGUCCUCCCAGGACGUCACGUUUGACGAGUCAGUCCCCUACUACCGCCUCUUCCCCUACCGCACUCCGUCCCUCCCCCCGCCACCGCUCUUCCUUGUGCCAGGUCCCCCCCCGGUAGACCCCCUCCCCCCUCAGGGUCCUGCCCCUUCAGGUGUGUCCCAGGUAGACGCAGUCGAGCCUGUCGAGGUUACUAGUGACUCUGGUGCUGCUGAGGGUGCUGAGCCUGGGGGUGCUGACUCUGGGGGUGCUGAGCGUGUGGGUGCUACGCCUGGGGGUGCUGAGCCUGAGGGUGCUACUACUGGGGGUGCUGAGUCUGGGGGUGCUCAGCCUGGUGGUGCUAAGCCUGGGGGUGCUGAGCCUGGGGGUGCUGAGCCUUGGGGUGCUACGCGUGCUACCCUUCCUUUGAGUCCACUGCUGCGUCUGCCCUAG